AUGGGAUGUAAAACGGAUGUUCGUGUGUCCGAGAGCCACAAUAAUAGGGCGCCCACUAAUGCGCUGCCUGUCCCUUCCAGUAUCACGGCAGCGCAUCAGGCUGAAGAAGAACCGUUCCUCGCCGAUCAUUCAAGCCCUCAAGCCCUCGGUGAGGCUGCCAUACGAGUUAACGAGACACUGUACGACCGGGCACUGGGCACUCGGGUCUAUCGCGGCGAGAGCUAG